AUGAAGGGACAAUUAAUUUAUAUCGUUUCUGUUUUUGUAUUUUUUCUCAAUUGUGUGUGGUGCAAUUCAAAGAAUAAUAAUAAACGAAGAAAUUAUAAUAAGAAAAAAGAAGACUUAAAAAAUUUUGAUAAUAUUGUUCUUGAUGAUUUUUAUUCAUCAUUUGAUUCCCAACAUAAUUAUGAAAAUGAAUUAAAAAAAAAUGAAGAUGAUAUUAUUGGACAAGGUAUCUUUUCUCUUAUAAGUAAAAAUAAUCAAGAAAAGGAAAAGACACUAAAAGGGGAAGAAGAAGAAAAUAAACCUACAGAACCCCAAGUCCAAGUUGCUCAAGAUUCUCAAGAUGCUAAAGCCGAUCAAGGUGGUAAAGCUGCUCAAGAUGCUAAAGCUGCUCAAUCUCCUCAAUCUCCUCAACCUCCUCAAUCUGAUCAAGCUGAACAACGUUCUGAAGCUGAUCAAGGUGAUACAGCUCCUCAAGCAACUGAAUCAGUUGAAAAAUCAACAGAAGCGAAAGAUCAAACAUUGCCAGUUGCCGCUUCACCAGAAAAAGACGAUCCUACUAAGAAUGCACCAACUUUAAGUACACAAUCUGUUAAACGCUUGGAUGAAAUUUUCGAUGAUGUUCUUACACAAUUAAAUAAAAAAUCUCAAGUUGACACUGAUGCGAAUAAAGAUAAAUAUAAUGAAUUUAAAAAAGAGUUCGAUAUGUUUACUAUGAAUGUAACUGAAUAUGAAAUAAUUAAAAAACUACUUGUUACAUUCUCAGAGACGAUUGAUAAAAAUGAUCAAAUUGAAACAAAAAUAGAACAUAUAUUUAAUAAAGCUUUAACUGAUAAUAAAUAUAAAGAACAAUUUAAAAACUUUAUUUACGGAUUAUAUAGCUUUACUAAAAGACAUAAUUAUAUAACAGUUAAUAAAACUGAUAAAACAACAGUUCAUACGGCUUUAUUUGAAAAUGCUCUUAAUUUAAUAAAUACUAUUUAG